CUUUCUCUCUCUCUCACACACACACACACACACGAUGCGACUCUGUCACUACAUGCAUGAAGCGUUUUGCUGGAUCGUGGAAUACAGGGAGAUGGACACAAAAAGUUUUAAGUGAGAGAUACAGUCGUCAUUCCUUGUUGUAACACUCCCACAGAUCCAUUCAUCAUCAGCCAAUCAGUGUUCAGCAAACAGGUACUGUGACAGAUACCACACCUAUGACAGGCACCAGCACGUGGAGGAAGGGACGAGAAGGUGGAGAAUAGAAUCAAAGUUUGUACUGGUGUAAGGAAGACUGUCGCCAAUUACAAGGAGAAAAAGAAAGGCAGAGACUGGUUCAAGAAUUUGAAUGCAAUUCAUGUGGAUUCUUUUGGAAAGGGCACAGAAAGUUUAGAUCAGCAAGGGAACAACAAGGACUCGCUGUCUGAGAAGAGGAGAGACGCAGAAUAAAGAGUGAGGAGGAUGGACAAAUGGCUGAAUGAAGUCCAGAAGCAUCCAGCCCUGUAUGUCUUGUGCUGUUCUGUAAUCUUCAGGAUCCUUCACAGGUUCCUGCAGACUGUGCCCAGUCCCGGGACGGUGGAAGCAGACCCCUGGAGGACGUGGAAAUGGAGGAACCUCUCAGUGUCACUCGUCCACUCACUGCUGACUGGCAUCUGGGCCGUCGCCUGCAUCAUACAGCAUCCUGUGAUGGUGCAUGAAAUCCACUCCACCUACACCCCAUCAGCAUACAUGCUAGUCGUCGUCUCAUCUGGAUACUUCAUUCAGGAUGCUGCUGACAUUAUCUUUAGUGGGUAUGCAAAAGCAUCUUGGGAGUUUUUACUUCACCAUGUUAUGGUGAUCUGGUGUUUCCUGUACGCUGUGUUCACACAUCAGUUUGUGGCAGGUGCAGUGGUGGCUUUGUUUGUGGAGGUGAACAGUGUGUUCCUACACACCCGUUUAUUGCUCAAGCUGGCUAAGGUGGCCCAGAACUCUUUCAUCUACACCAUCAACAAACUGUUCAAUGUGGUGACCUACGUGACCUUCCGGCUUGGAGCCCAGUUUUACCUCACCUGGUACCUCAUACACCACUACUCGUCGCUGGAUCAUGCCCUCUACUUCCUGAUAACCAUGAUGCUCAUGAACAUCAUGAUUCUCAUCUAUUUCUACCGCCUCCUCCGAACCGACUUCUUCAGCAAGGGGCGGUCUCACAAUAGUGGUCAUAAAUUUGCUGAGGACUAAACCAUCAGAGACCGAUGUCUAUCGGUCCUAAACCAAAGACUGCAUUCAAGUGACUGUUAACACAACAUUUAUACAGAAAAUGCCUGUAUAGAAUGAGCAAACCUCACCAGAGAGUCUGAUGUGAAUCAGAGACUUUUAAAAAGUUUUCACUUGUUAGAAUAAAAAUUAAACUCAAUAAACAAUUUUUUAACUCAACAAGGGUUAAGCCAAUCAUUUAAGGAUCUGUUAGCACAGACGGGUUUUACACUGCAAAAGUGAUUUUCUUGCACAGUAUCUAUUUUCCAGUAUAAAUAUCUAGACAUUCUUACAUAAAGAAACAUUUACUUAAGCAAAAACAUGACCUUAUUUUAAAUGGAAUAACUAUUCCUGGAAUGGAGUAACUCACCCAAAAAUAAAAAUGCA